AUGGAUGGAGGUCCGCAAGACAACACGCGGGUCAGAAGACUGGAAGAGAUGGCUUCUGCCUUAGAGCUCCUGAAUGAACUGGCGUCACCGAGUGUUCUGUUGGCUUGUCCUCUGGUGAUGUUAAAUCCAUUGAUAUGGAACUUGAUCGUCCGCCACGAGUACAAUACCCGCUCCGUAUCCCGACUCUGCGGAGGGCCUCGUGCUGGUGUGGUUCUCGUAGCGUGCAUCGUGAUGGUAAACAAUUCCAUACGGACUUCAUUCUUUCACUACAUCGUCGGGAAGAACUCCAAAUUGCAAUUCCUGGAGGAUAAUGUUGGGGCAACGAUUGCGGGUUAUGUGAUAAUCGGAGUGGGUGUGUUGCUGGUCCUGAGCUCUACCUGGAGGCUGGGUUUCUUCUGCACUUUCCUUGGAGACUAUUUCGGUAUCUUACUGGACGCCAGAGUCACUGGAUUUCCGUUCAACAUAUUAAACCAUCCCAUGUUCUGGGGCUCAUUCCUGAUCUAUGUUGGUGACUCGGUUUUGUGCGCCAGUGCUGUUGCUUUUCUCUUGUCACUGUUCAUUGGACUCAGCUAUGUCUUAGCUGCAGCAUUUGAAGUUCCAUUUACAGCCAAGAUAUAUGCUCAAAAGGAAACCAAAAAGAUAUAA